AUGUCCAUCGAACUAGUCUUAGCUGCCGUUUCGGCGGCCGAUCUAUGCCUCCAGUAUGGUAAAGCUUUGAUGCAGGUCUAUCGAGACCUGAAAGGUGCCAACGAAGCCGUUCAAUCCAGGCUGCUCAUCGUGGAGGCGAUCUGGAAAAAGACUGCCAUUCAGGUAGACUUCGUUAAGAAAAUCGCUCAAGUCCUCGAGGAGGAUCAUUGUCGCAUCCAUCUGGAAGUUCUAGUGGUACUUAAAAGCAAACUGGGCUUAGCCAUCUCGAAAAUCGAAUCGGUCGUAAAAUCCGGGCCAGACUCCUCAGUCAGGAAAUGGAAAUACGCUCGAAUUCGGGAAGCCAUCGACCAUUCCAUCACGGAACUCCAGCAAUGGCAUAGUGUAUUUGACCCAACCUGGUACUUGAUACUUCGAAUGGGCAAUAAGUUGAUCGAUGAUGAACUUUCUCUUUCAGCCAACGAGUCAGUCAAAACGUCGCCAUCCUCUCGGUCAACAUCGAGUUAUUCGAGUAGGAGUACUACUCUAGUCUCUGCUCAAAGUAUCCGAAGUAUAGUGAAGGGAGAAACAAGUUCCGAAAUACAUGUCACACUACCAGAAAACGGGCUCGACUGGAACACUACCAGCAAAAUCGAAUAUUCGAGUACCGUGCUGAUUCGUCGGAAGGCAUCUGAAAAGAUAUACGCAGUCGAUACGAUAACCUGUAACGCAAGCUGGGAUCUGCCUCGCCUGAGAACGGACACAGAGGGCCUCGCUAAGAAGCUGAAGAGAGAAGAUGCCGGCAUGUUUGGUCUGCUUCCUUGCAAGGGCGUAAUCAAAAGGAGAAGCUCAGAAACGAAAAGGCUUUCGUCAAUGAGCUUGGCGUUCCAGCUGCCUCAUACAGACAUCAGCGUACCUCCAACCAGCUUGCGACAUCACUUGCUACAAGAGCGCAGGUUCAGUUUAAACCGGAUUCUGGACAUCGCGAAACAGUUGGCUAGGGCUGUUAGCUUCAUUCAUACUUUCGACUUUGUUCACAAGAACAUCCGCCCUGAAACAAUCAUCAUACUUCCGGAUCAUGGCUCCGACCCGCCAUGCGAGUUUGGCUCGGCGUAUCUUCUCGGAUUUGACUCUUUCCGCAACGUGAACUUUCACACGCUGAAAAUUGGCGACGACGCAUGGGAGCGUAACCUCUAUAGACAUCCUACCCGCCAGGGAAUCCAAGCUCAACAGGCAUAUAUCAUGCAGCAUGACGUCUACAGUUUGGGAGUGUGUCUUCUUGAGCUUGGGCUGUGGGAUACCUUUGUGGAAUACCAGUCCCAUGCGGGUGAGGUUAGCAGUGGAAAGGUGCCGGGGACGGGACUAGGCUUGAGCUUGGACGAUUUCAAGUUCCAGCCAGGCAACAUUGAGCAGACGAUCAACAUCAAGAAGCGGCUAGUGAAUUUGGCGAAGACUGGCUUACCAGCUCGAAUGGGGGACAAGUAUGCUUCCACGGUUAUCACUUGCCUCACUUGUCUAGAUGAAGACAGCGAAGAGCUCGGUGGAGAGGACAUGCAGGACGCAGACGGCAUUCUAGUGGGGGUAAGGUUCAUUGAGAAAGUCUUGAUGAAACUUGGGGACAUCAGUCUGUGA